UUGUUAUUUGUACUCUUUUUUAGGAAUCUUUCAAUCUAUUAAUAGGAGAGCAUUGCAUAAAUAUGGACAGAAAUCCUUCACCCCCCUCAAGUGAUUCAGAGGAGGAGGAAGUGGCUGCUGGGGAUUCCAUUGGAAAUACAGUCUACAGCAAACACUGGCUGUUUAGUGUGCUUACAAAAUUAAUUGAGGAUGCUUCAGAACUGGACAAUGUAGAAGAACCAAUGGAACUAGAUGAAGAGAUGGAGAAUGAUAUUUGCAAAGUAUGGGACAUGUCAAUGGAUAAGGAUGUUGCUUUAUUUUUACAAGAGUUUAAAGCCCCUGAUAUAUUUAUGAUGGUUCUUGCAAAGUCCAAGUGUCCUCGACUUACUGAAAUCUGUGUGGGUAUUCUGGGAAAUAUGGCCUGUUGCCAAGAUACAUGCAUAUCUAUUAGUAAAGAUGAGAACCUUGGACAAAUAGUGCUGCGACGUUUAUGUGAUUCUGAUUCCCCUACUCUGCUUGAAACAAGCCGCUUAUUGUUGACUUGCCUCUGUCAAUCUGAGGUGGCUAAUAUUUGGGUGGAGAGAAUCCGACAAAGUCCAUCUGUCUAUGACUGUUUCUGCUUUAUCAUGUCUAGUUCUACAAAUGUGGAGUUACUUGUGAAAGUUGGUGAGGUGGUUGAUAAGUUGUUUGACUUGGAUGAAGAAUUAAUGAUAAAUUGGAUUAAAAAAGAUUCUUGUCCAUCAGUGGGACAGCCCACAGAUGAUUCUCCAGAUGAACUUCCUGAUUUUAAGAUUAUACCUUGUCUGCUUGAAGCUGCAAAACAAGUUUGCUCAGAUAACAAUUCCGAAGGACUUGAAGUUUAUAUGCAUAUUCUACAGCUGCUCACUACUGUGGAUGAAGGCAUUCAAACAAUUGUAAAGUCUCCUGAUAGAGGAAAGGAAACAUGGAGCUUGCUAUAUAAUCUCUUUUGCAAUGAACUCUGCCAGCCAGAUGAUCCACCAAUUAUUGUUCAAGAACAGAAGACCGUGUUGGCUUCUAUUUUAUCUGUGCUAUCAGCCAUCUUUGCUUCACAGACAGAACAGGACUAUGUCAAGAUGGAAAAGAAUAUGGCUCUGAUUGACAGUGUGAUUAGAGUGUUACAAAAUAUGAAUGAAUGUGGGAAGAGAUCUGUAGAUAGCUCAAACAAAUCCAAGUCAGAAGAGUGUGAGAAGUUGGAAAUAGGUGAUGAAGAUUUCCAUUUAAAAAUUUUGAAGGACAUCUGUUGUGAAUUACUCUCCAAUAUGCUUCAGGAACUAUCAGAGGAAAACAUAUUGGAGGGGCUCAAGCAAGGUCAUAUAAAUGAACAGAAAUGUUCCUGUGCAUUUCAAAAUCUCCUCCCAUUUUAUUCAUCUUCGGUGGAGAGUUUUCUUGAAGUGCUGCAUGGAGCAGAUCAGACUCUUGCUGAAAGCUUGAGCAAAAGCUUCCCAAGUCUGAAACUCCAGACAUAGGCGCAUGUGUCUACUUUGUUGGAGGAAAUUGUGUAUAAUUUGUUUCUGUUUGAAGAAAGCAGUGGGUAAAGAAUUCCAAACACACUGAAACCUAGAUGAGAAUCAUUUGGAAUAGAAGUGAUAGAAAAUGGCCUGAAAAACAAACUCCCUGAAGACUGACAUCUGCAGCUCUGCAGUUUUAAGUGCUGUAGAUGGUGUCAAAAUGCAACAUAAUUUUAUAUGUUAGUAGCUAUUGAGGUUGUAAAUUUCAACUAAAAAUGAACGAUGCUUCAUCUAGUCUGAAAAAGUUGUCCUUUCUCCCCUAUUAUUGGUAACAGAUUUUUUACAGAGAAUAAUUCGGUUGCUUUGGUUUUGUUUCUCUUACGGAGUUAAAAAAGAUGAUUCAGAAAGUUGUACCAAGAUAAACCUUAACGUUAUAGUAACAUCCCAAACUGGACAUUUUUGUAACUAGUAAACAAGUAUUCUGA